AUGGCUCGUGGUAACCAACGUGAUUUAGCUCGUGAGAAGAAUCUUAAGAAACAGAAAGAGUUGCAAAAAGCUAAGGGAGCUGCUAAUAAAGGUGCAAAUGUUGGGAUGAAUUUUGAUGCUCGCCAACAACGUGAUGCUGAACUUAUGAGGAAAAAACAAGAAGCUGCUGCUGCAAAAAAAGCCGCUGAGGAUGCAGCUAAUCUUGCCAAAGGGCCUAAAGUUGUUAAAUACGAUCCUUUAAAAUAA